UAUAUCGCCUGUGCCCUGCCCUGCCGUGUCUCACCAUCAUUGUUGCCAUCACAGGCCGCUACCGCGCUCGCUCACUAGUCACUCCACCCGGGAGCACGCAUAUGCGUGCGAUGGGACGCGAGGCGGCAGCAGCAGUGGCGUGCUCGUCCAACAAGCCCAAGCUCCGGAGAGGGCUGUGGUCGCCGGAGGAGGACGAGAAGCUCUACAACCACAUCAUUCGCUACGGCAACGGUUGCUGGAGCUCCGUCCCAAGGCUCGCCGGGUUGGAGAGAUGUGGCAAGAGCUGCAGGCUAAGAUGGAUCAACUACCUCAGGCCUGAUCUCAAGAGGGGCAGCUUCUCCCAGCAAGAGGAGGACCUCAUCGUCAGCCUGCACAAGAUCCUCGGCAACAGGUGGUCCCAGAUAGCGUCGCAGCUGCCAGGCCGGACCGACAACGAGAUCAAGAACUUCUGGAACUCGUGCAUCAAGAAGAAGCUCCGGCAGCAGCGCAUCGACCCCACCACCCACGAAUCGCUCAAUGACGCUGCCGCUGUCGCCGAGCCGCACGACAAGUGCAAGCAGCUAGUCCCCGCUGCGGAAGACGGCUGUUUCGGCGGCUCUGUUGGCAGUGACGAUUUCCUAGCGCCACACUCCCCGGUCGACUGCAGCUUCGACCCCAUGUCCGUGACAAACGUCCCCGCAAUGCGCAUGCAGGGCUCCUACUCCUUGUGUGACUACGCCGGCGUCGGCUCCGACGCCACCACGUACAGCGCCUACACAGGCGGCGGCGACAGCUCCAGCAACAGCAACGGCACCGGCACCGGCACCUGGACCUGCGGCAAUGUGGAGCCGCUCCCGCACAUGGACAUGUUCCGCGACGACGCCGAGCCCUACCCAUUCGACCCGACCAAGUUCAGCCCGUGGCACCAGCAGCAACCGCCGGACGACGACCGCGGCUCCGCGGUCUUCCCGAUCCGCUCGCUGUCCCGGGAUCUUCCCGAGUCGUGCUUCGAGCUCGCCCGUGGGGCCUUGGAGGACGAGUUCGACUUCAUGUGACCCCGCCACGCCCAGGCCGAGGUCAUGUGUCCAUCGUUCGACAACCACAAACUCACACAUAUACAAACCUCACUAUACCACCUGAUGAGAUGAGAAGAUCGAUCACCGUUGAGAGGACAUGUGGUUUGACCACACCUAUACUUAUUACCUCUCCUCAUUUUUUUUCUCUCUGCAUUUCAACCCCUUCCCUCGAAAAAAAGUACUUAUUAUAUAAGUACUAUAUAGUAUUGUGAUCAUAAUAAGGGUUAGUAGAUAUGCAUGUAUACGUACCCCAAUUCAAGGGGGUUUCAUGUUUUGUAUGGGAGCAGUUUAGCAACAUCGGUCCAUGGAAUUUUAAAGCAAGUCUUUUUACCUCUUA